UGCUAGACGGCACCAAUGAUUCAUUAAUAGUAAACAAAUCGCCAUGAAAGUCGCCCUAGAGUUCCAUGACAGCGACCGAGUCAUUAACUAGCCAUGGCAGCAGCAGCAGGGCCUCCCAAGAUCCCCAACUACAUCAUCGCCGAGAAAAUAGGGUCAGGGAGCUACGCAGAUGUGUACAAAGCCUACAAGAAAGGCCCCACGAGAGAGGUGGCGGCUGUUAAGUGUGUCACUAAGUCCACUCUGUCAAAAUGGGCACUGGACAACUUGGUAUCUGAAAUUGGUAUCUUGAAGAAGCUCAAACAUGAACAUAUCGUGGAGAUGAAGGACUUCGUGUGGGAUGACAACUACAUCUAUAUCAUAAUGGAGUACUGUGGGGGAGGCGAUCUGUCGCAUUUCGUCAAGUCCAGGCAAAGGUUGGCGGAAGCUGUGUGCCAGAGGUUCCUGCAGCAGCUCGCCUCCGCCCUGAGGUACCUGAGGAGCCAAAACGUCAGUCACUUGGACCUUAAGCCUUCCAAUAUCCUCUUGAGUUCGAAGAGAAACCCCAUACUUAAGAUCGGGGACUUCGGCCUCGCGCAACACAUGCCAGAGGAGGACACCAGCAGCACGAUGAAGGGCAGUCCCCUGUACAUGGCCCCUGAGAUUGUGCUGAAGCGACAGUACGACGCUAAGGUUGACUUGUGGUCUGUCGGUGUCAUUCUCUACGAGUGCCUGUUCGGGAAAGCGCCUUAUUCCUCCAAAACGCUGCAAGAGCUGAUUGACAAGAUAAAACUGGAUAAGCCCAUUGAGGUGCCUUAUGGUACAAACAUAUCACCGGAAUGUAGAGACCUGUUGCAGCGUUGCCUUGAGAGAGAUGUCAGCAAGAGGAUUGAAUUUGAAGAUUUUUUUGCCCAUCCAUUCGUUGACCUGGAACACAAACCAGGACCUGAAAGCUUAAAUAAGGCAACGGAACUUCUGACUUCUGCGGUGAACUUCGAUGAGUGUCAAGAAUUUGAGGAAGCAUUUAGGCACUAUAGCAAAGCUCUGCAGUAUCUUGUUCCAGUUCUUCACGUUGAGAGGGAUUCUGUGAAAAGGAGUGCCUUACGUCGCAAAAUCACAGAAUACUUGAAGAGAACUGAAUCGCUGAAGAAAAUUAUAAACUGCGAAAAAGAUGGCAUCAAGAACAUUAGAGUUCCAACCCUAUCGAGGCAAGAUUCUAACCCACCGACUACCUACCAAGGAAACCGUGAGGAAUUGAUCAGGUUAUCGGGAACAACACCUCAGAUUAUAGCUGCCAUGGAGAUCGCAACAACAGGAGACAUGUAUGCUCAGGAGGGAAACUAUGCGAUAGCCCAAGAGAAAUACGAGCUUGCCUUAGGGAAGCUCUUGGCCCUGAUGCAAAAUGAGCCAAAGGGAAAGAGAAAAGAACUUCUCCGAGAAGAGAUACAGAGGUGGAUGUCACAGGCAGAGGUUGUCAAAGAUCUUAAGGAAGGUGGCACAUCUAAAGAGGCUGGUGCUAGUACGAAUAAUGAAAGUUAUGAUGAAAAGGGAUGCUUUCUACAGUAACAGGGUAAAAGCUUUAUAAUAAAGGGGUAAGGAUACGUGAAAUGAUUCAUGGUUGUUAUUUCUUGUAAAAUGUGAUUAGAUUUUUAAAGCUCUCAGGUCUGUAAUGCCCACUUUAUGAUGAAGGCAUAAAUAAUGUCCAAUGUUUAGUGAAUCUUUAAUACUCUUUUUUUUUUU